AUGUCUACAAUGAUGUUUCAUGUGGAUGAUGCUAAACUGACCAUGAUGUUUAUUUUCUCAUGGUUGUGUCUGCAUAGUUCUUAUGCGUUGGUGAGUGACAGUUUAAGGCCAGGGGGUACAUUUGAUCACUCAACUACGCUAUGUUCACCAAUGAAUAAGUUUUGUUUGAAAUUUGGACCUCUUCAGUUUGACCCCACUCACACCUACUUACUCAUUCGCAACACACGCACUCCAACCGGAUAUGCUGUUUGGAUUGCCAACAGAAAUGACCCUAUUUACAACAAUUCUGGGGUGCUUCUAACAUUGAAUCAUUCAGGUGCUUUAAGUAUCACUAGUCAAGGUAGGAACCCCAUAAUACUCUACUCACCUGUUCUACCAACCACAAAAAAUGUUGCUGUCACCCUUCUGGAUUCUGGGAACUUAAUCCUUGGAGAAUAUGAUGCUAGUGGAUCUAUGAAAAAAGUGAUGUGGCAAAGCUUUGAUCAUCCUUCAGAUGUGUUGCUACCUGGUAUGAAGUUAGGGGUUAAUCACAAGACUAAUCAGUCAUGGUUGGUUGUGUCAUCAUUUUCUACUAUCAACCCAUCUUCAGGUUUCUUUGCACUUGAGUGGGAGCCGAGGAAAGGAGAAUUGGUGAUUAAGAGGGAAGAGAUUAUAUAUUGGACAAGUGGAGUCCUGAGAAACAAUAAAUUCGACAAUGUUCCAAGGCAUAUGCAGCUUAUGUAUGAGUACAACACCGUCUCAAACAAGGAUGAAGAGUCCUUUAGUUAUGUAAGUCAUAAUGAUCACUCGCAGUGGGUGUUGUUUAGUAAUGGAAACUUGCAGGAUACAGAAAAUGGAGAUAUUGCUCAAGCUCAAAACUGUAAUGGCUAUAAAACCAAGGAAGGUUGUGAGAUAUGGGAGGACCAACCCGUGUGUAGGCAUUCUGAUGAUACAUUUGAAGUUCAAUCAGGAUACUUUGAUCAUCCAACGCCUCAAAAUAAUGAUUCUUAUGCAGAUGAUAAGAACAUUACACUAACUGAAACUGAUUGCAAGAAUUUUUGUUGGAGAAAUUGCAACUGUGUUGGGUUCGCAACUUAUUUUCCCAACCAAACAGGGUGUAAAUACUAUUAUGGAGGAUGGGUGCCUACAUAUGUGAAGUCUGCAGGAUUGAGUGUCAACAUUCUUGUGAAGACCAACCGACAUCACAAAGAUAUGAAGAAGUGGUUUAAAAUUGGUGUUCCGGUUGGAACAACUUUACUCAUAAUUAGCCUUGGCAUUUUCUGUCUGUGGAUGAGGAGAAGAAAAGCUUCACAUCAAGGUACUUAUUUCUCAAUUUUUAUAGAUCAGUACCAUCACCCAGUUGCGUUUCAAGCACUACUUUUCCUCCAUCAUAACAGUAACAACGUUUUGGUACAACUUGCCUUAAUAGAGAAGAGAAGCAAAAUGGGGAGCGGCAUUUUUAAUUUCGUGGUGUCUGAGAGAUGUAAUAGUUUAGAUGAACAUCAAAAUGAAUUGAAAAGUGGGAAUUCCUUAAGAAUUUUCAGUUAUGCAUCAAUCAUGGUGGCUACUAAAAGGUUCUCAAUGGAAAACAAGUUAGGAGAAGGGGGCUUUGGACUUGUGUAUAAGGGACUAUUACCCCAGGGAGAAGAAAUAGCAAUAAAAAGACUUUCGAAAGGUUCAGGGCAAGGAGACACUGAGUUUAAAAAUGAAUUAACUCUCAUAUCUGAACUCCAACACAUGAAUCUUGUUCAGUUGUUGGGUUGCUGCAUUCAUGAAGAUGAAAGAAUGCUAAUCUACGAGUAUAUGCCUAACAAAAGCUUAGACUACUUUUUAUUUGACAUUAUGUCAUAUGUUAUACUAUGCAGCGGUUACAUGUCACCUGAGUAUGCCAUGGAGGGAAUUUUCUCUUUCAAAUCUGAUGUCUAUGCUUUUGGAGUCUUGCUGCUUGAAAUUAUCAGUGGCAGAAGAAACAAUGCUACUGAUUGGCCACUCAAUCUAGUUGGACAUGCUUGGGAGCUAUGGAAACAAGGCAAGGCACAUGCACUAGACCUCUUAGAUCCAACUUUAAGAGAACCAUUCACUCAAGAGGAAGCAUUAAGAUGCAUUCAUGUUGGUCUUCUAUGCGUAGAAGAAUGUGCAUCUGAUCGUCCCAACAUUUCAGAGAUAAUCCCCAUGUUAACCAGUGAAAUUGCAACAUUUCCAUUGCCUAGAAAACCAGCAUUUUAUCGAGGAAGAAAAUUGGUUGAGGAAGACAGUUCUUCAAUUGAUAAUGAAACUCAUUCAGUAAAUGGUUUAACUAUUUCUAACAUAGGUGAAAGAUAA